ACGUACAUCACGUCCUCUUGACAAAAAAUACAAUUUAUGCAAAUAUAAAUAUAAUUAAAUUAAUUAAAAACAAAUGUUAAUUUAAUGUGAAGAAUUCUUCUUACGGAAAAGUAAUUCUAUAUACACAUACCAAAAAGAUUUAUAAAAGAAGUGCAAUUAUUGAAAAAAAGUGUUUUAAAAAAAUAAGUGAAAUAUUUAACAAAAAAUAAUUUGAUGAUUUUUAUAAUAAUUUAAAAAAAAAAAUCAACGUUAAAAAACAAAAAUAAUUUUGUGUUCCAAUUUUCGCCAAAUAUAAUGAUGACAACCACAACAUCACAUGCUAUCAUGGCUCCGGUUAUUCGUCCUAUUCAAGAAAGUCCCGUUUCUCGACCACGAGCAGUCUACAGUAUUGAUCAGAUAUUGGGAAAUCAAACGAAGCGUAGUGACUCAACCGAAUCAUUAAAUCAACAAUCUUUACAUAGCAGCAGCAACAACAAUAGCAAUAAUUCGACGAGCCCUAUACAAAACUCCAUAUUGCCACAAUUGCAUACACAACUACAUUUAAUACCUCCGCAUCAAUUGGCUCUACAUCAGCAACACUUGCAGCAACAGCAUCAACAACAUCUGAACAAUCAUCAUCAACAUCACCAUCAUCUGCAACAGCAACAACAACAGCAGCAACAUCAUCAACAUCUGCAGCAACAUGCUGAAAAGCGCGAAAGAGAAGAUUCUCCAGACAAUACCGACAAUGGCUUAGAUGUUGACAAUACCGAUGAUGAUCUCUCGAAUAGUCUAAAUAAUGGUCACGAUUUGGACAUGGAAAGGCCCAGAAAAGUAAGAAGAUCCCGCACCACCUUUACAACAUUUCAAUUGCAUCAAUUGGAGAGAGCGUUUGAAAAAACUCAAUAUCCGGAUGUAUUCACCAGAGAAGAUUUAGCGAUGCGUUUGGAUUUAAGUGAAGCACGUGUUCAGGUUUGGUUUCAAAAUCGUCGUGCCAAAUGGCGUAAACGUGAAAAAUUCAUGAAUCAAGAUAAGAAUGGUUAUUUAUUACCUGAACAAGGUUUGUCUGAAUUCCCCUUGGGUAUACCUUUGCCUCAUGGAAUUCCUGGACAUCCGGCUGGUUUACCAGCUGAGUUUUGGCCACCUCACUUUGCCUUACACCAACCAUUCAACCCAGCGCUGUUGCCUCAGGGUUUAAUGCCCCAUUACAAGUUACCCAACUUUCACACUCUGCUCUCCCAAUACAUGGGUCUAAGCAAUUUGAAUGGCAUCUUUAAUGCCUCUGCUUAUCCUCAGAAUUUGUCAAUACACAGUGCGGCUCAAGUCAGUCCACCCUGCAGCAACAGCAGUCCCCGAGAAAGUCCUACAAUUGUGCAAGGUUCUACUGCUGUGACGUCGGGUGGCGUAACGGUUACUUCAUCGGCAGCAGCUUCACCGAAAUCACCCAUGAACAAUCAUGCUACUGGUAGUAUAAGUGGAAAUUCUACACCAGUGUCGGUGGUGACCAAAUCAGAAGACUGAACAUUAAAAUUGUACAAUGCGUGAUAGAACGAAUCGAAAUGCAAACGGCAACUAAGUAAAAGAAUUUUGUCCAGGAACUCUGAACAAAAAUGUAAAUAAAAUUUUAGUUUUAAUUCUAUUUUUACAUCAAAUAACAAUUAAAGAAAAGUGAUAUAAUAUAGUAGUUGUUUCAUUGACAAUUUUAUUUUAAAUGAUUUUUUUUCACACAUUAAUGUGCAUAAGAUUUUAAAUAUUUUUUAAAUUAUCCAAUUUGU